GACGCGCUUUGUUUGGCGGGUAGUUCAGAUCUAACGCCCGGUCGGAGGAGCUCGAGCCAGGGCAGUUCUCUGCUGCGGCGUGAGGGGAAGCCUGGGGUGUGAAAAAUGAAUAAUAAUGAUAUUAAGAUUUAUGAAAAUGAAAUCCAGUCUUUGGAAGAAGAAAUUAAGAUGUUAACAGAAGAAUAUGAAUGUAGUCUACAUGGAUCUUUUGCUUAUUCUGAUGGGGAGAUAAUGAAGGCUAUGAAAUCAUUUAAAGGAAAAUCUCAAGAAGACUUAAGGCACUAUGAAUUUUCUGCAGACUUGAAAACUCAGCUUGACUUCUUAGAGUCUGAUCUCUUCUUCAUGAUGAAAUUUACAGGCAUUUGCUUCACACAUUGUUCUAGAAAACCUGUGGAGAAAAGUGGAACUAGAACUACACACAAAUACAGGCUAUCAGGAAAUUGCCAUUCAAUGUCCUUUCAGUUGGAAUUUCAACUCACAGAAGAAAAUCAGGCAAAGGAAGAAGACAUUCAUAUCAAACAGUGUAACAAAAGUGUUUCGGCUAUUGUUACGGACCUUAGCAUUGUGAUAGAAUCUGACGAAUAUUUGGAUUUCAGCAAGCUUGUAUCAAGAGUUGAAGAGAGUGGGAAUCUCUUGCUGUUCUUCAAAUGCCUCUCCUAUUUCACUGAGUGCUAUGAUCAUCGGAAACGCACUUUGACCCAUUUCAAGAACAAGUAUCCUGAUGUUGUAGUACUUCCCGAAGGAUCAUCUGGUGAUUACAUGAUCUUAAGAAGUGCUAACCUUCCUGGACUUGAGUUAAUGAUUGUUUGGAAGAUAUAUGUAGAUGAAGAAGGAAAAGUUACACCAGUCUUGGAUCUCCUUAACAAAAUACCAAUGUCAGUAGUGGAAGCUAACAACUUUGCAUCAGAUGCUCCAUACUGCUUCAGAAGUCUACUGCAUGUGCUUGGAAUACAAGCAUGCAUUGAAACACUGAUCAAGUCACUUUGCAAUGAUAAAUGAAUACCAGGACAAUAAAAUAUGCAUCUAUAGUUUAUUGAAUAUAAA